CAUUCCGGGGCGGGCGGGCGCCGAGGCGGCGCGGGCGGGACGAGCGGUCCGGGCCGGCGCGGCUGCCGCUCGGCGCCGCGGUCCUCGUGCCAGUGAGCGCCGCGGCCGCCGCAGCCAUGACCGUGGAGUUCGAGGAGUGCGUCAAGGACUCCCCGCGCUUCAGGGCGACCAUUGACGAGGUGGAGACGGACGUGGUGGAGAUUGAGGCCAAACUGGACAAGCUGGUGAAGCUGUGCAGUGGCAUGGUGGAAGCCGGUAAGGCCUACGUCAGCACCAGCAGGCUGUUCGUGAGCGGCGUCCGCGACCUGUCCCAGCAGUGCCAGGGCGACACCGUCAUCUCGGAAUGUCUGCAGAGGUUCGCUGACAGCCUACAGGAGGUGGUGAACUACCACAUGAUCCUGUUUGACCAGGCCCAGAGGUCCGUGCGGCAGCAGCUCCAGAACUUUGUCAAAGAGGAUGUGCGGAAGUUCAAGGAGACAAAGAAGCAGUUUGACAAGGUGCGGGAGGACCUGGAGCUGUCCCUGGUGAGGAACGCCCAGGCCCCGAGGCACCGGCCCCACGAGGUGGAGGAAGCCACCGGGGCCCUCACCCUCACCAGGAAGUGCUUCCGCCACCUGGCACUGGACUAUGUGCUCCAGAUCAAUGUUCUGCAGGCCAAGAAGAAGUUUGAGAUCCUGGACUCUAUGCUGUCCUUCAUGCACGCCCAGUCCAGCUUCUUCCAGCAGGGCUACAGCCUCCUGCACCAGCUGGACCCCUACAUGAAGAAGCUGGCAGCCGAGCUGGACCAGCUGGUGAUCGACUCUGCGGUGGAAAAGCGUGAGAUGGAGCGAAAGCACGCCGCCAUCCAGCAGCGGACGCUGCUGCAGGACUUCUCCUACGAUGAGUCCAAAGUGGAGUUUGACGUGGACGCGCCCAGUGGGGUGGUGAUGGAGGGCUACCUCUUCAAGAGGGCCAGCAACGCUUUCAAGACGUGGAACCGGCGCUGGUUCUCCAUUCAGAACAGCCAGCUGGUCUACCAGAAGAAGCUCAAGGAUGCCCUCACCGUGGUGGUGGAUGACCUCCGCCUGUGCUCUGUGAAGCCGUGUGAGGACAUCGAGCGGAGGUUCUGCUUCGAGGUGCUGUCACCCACCAAGAGCUGCAUGCUGCAGGCUGACUCCGAGAAGCUGCGGCAAGCCUGGGUCCAGGCUGUGCAGGCCAGCAUCGCCUCCGCCUACCGCGAGAGCCCUGACAGUUGCUAUAGCGAGAGGCUGGACCGCACAGCAUCCCCGUCCACGAGCAGCAUCGACUCCGCCACCGACACUCGGGAGCGCGGCGUGAAGGGCGAGAGUGUGCUGCAGCGUGUGCAGAGUGUGGCCGGCAACAGCCAGUGCGGCGACUGCGGCCAGCCGGACCCCCGCUGGGCCAGCAUCAACCUGGGCGUGCUGCUCUGCAUUGAGUGCUCCGGCAUCCACAGGAGCCUGGGUGUCCACUGCUCCAAGGUGCGGUCCCUGACGCUGGACUCGUGGGAGCCUGAGCUGCUAAAGCUGAUGUGUGAGCUUGGAAACAGCGCUGUGAAUCAGAUCUAUGAGGCCCAGUGUGAGGGUGCAGGCAGCAGGAAACCCACAGCCAGCAGCUCCCGGCAGGACAAGGAGGCCUGGAUCAAGGACAAAUACGUGGAAAAGAAAUUUCUGCGGAAGGCGCCCAUGGCACCAGCCCUGGAGGCCCCAAGACGCUGGAGGGUGCAGAAGUGCCCGCGGCCCCACAGCUCUCCCCGCGCUCCCACUGCCCGCCGCAAGGUCCGGCUUGAGCCCGUUCUGCCCUGUGUGGCCGCUCUGUCCUCAGUGGGCACCCUGGAUCGUAAGUUCCGCCGAGACUCCCUCUUCUGUCCCGACGAGCUGGACUCGCUCUUCUCCUAUUUCGACGCAGGGGCCGCAGGGGCUGGCCCUCGCAGUCUGAGUAGCGACAGUGGCCUUGGGGGCAGCUCGGAUGGCAGCUCGGACGUCCUGGCUUUCGGCUCGGGCUCUGUGGUGGACAGCGUCACUGAGGAGGAGGGUGCGGAGUCGGAGGAGUCCAGCGGUGAGGCAGACGGGGACACUGAGGCCGAGGCCUGGGGCCUGGCGGACGUGCGCGAGCUACACCCGGGGCUCUUGGCGCACCGCGCAGCGCGUGCCCGCGACCUUCCUGCGCUGGCGGCGGCGCUGGCCCACGGGGCCGAGGUCAACUGGGCGGACGCGGAGGAUGAGGGCAAGACGCCGCUGGUGCAGGCCGUGCUAGGGGGCUCCUUGAUCGUCUGUGAGUUCCUGCUGCAAAACGGAGCGGACGUGAACCAAAGAGACAGCCGGGGCCGGGCGCCCCUGCAUCACGCCACGCUGCUGGGCCGCACCGGCCAGGUUUGCCUGUUCCUGAAGCGGGGCGCGGACCAGCACGCCCUGGACCAAGAGCAGCGGGACCCGUUGGCCAUCGCAGUGCAGGCGGCCAACGCUGACAUCGUGACACUGCUCCGUCUGGCGCGCAUGGCGGAGGAAAUGCGCGAGGCCGAGGCUGCCCCUGGUCCCCCGGGCGCCCUGGCGGGCAGCCCCACGGAGCUCCAGUUCCGCAGGUGUAUCCAGGAGUUCAUCAGCCUCCACCUGGAAGAGAGCUAGGGCCGGGCAGGCCGGGCAGCUGCCACCCCGCCCGGCCCGACGCCCCGCAUGCCCCGAAGUCCCUGGCGCCCACCCGGCUGCGGCCCUGCGUGUGACCCGCGGGUCGAUGCCCGGCAGCCCCAGUGCCGGGGCGCCGCGGCCCUGCUCGCCCAGGAGGAGAGCGAGGGCCCCACACUGAGUCUCUUGAAGCCUCACGUUUCCCUGGGGGGGUGCUGCAUCGUCGGGUGUCUCUCACCCCACCUGGGGAACCUCUGUCUUCAGGUCACCCCUUUUCAGGGGCCUGGGUUGCUCAUGUCACAAGCCACUUUUAAGGCCCGUGUCACCUGUGUCCCUCUGUCCUCAGGGCCUGUGUUACUUCGUGCCCCACUUCUGCCCAGAACACUGACCUGUUAGCUGGGUCCCUCCUGCACACCCCAGAGCCUCCUCCCAGGGCAGAAAGGGUGGCCCAUCCAGGGAACCAACGAGUACCUCACUUAGUGACCCCAGCAUCCAGGCUGGCGUCGCGGGUGCUGGGCGGGAGGGGCUCUGGCCUGGGUCCUCAGCCCUGGCUGGACGCGGGCGUCCCAAGGCCACGUGGCUGGCCACGAAGGUCCCCGUGCCAGACAGCCCCAGCCGCAUCCCGGCCUCCUCCGGAGGCACCUUCUCCUGGUACUCGGCCCAGAGCCUGCGCAUAAAGCCACUUUGCCACUUUGCAGCCCUCAUCUCGUGUUCUUUGUAGCGGACCGAGUGGGUUUGCUAUAGGCCUCGUCUGACUUUGUCUUGCGUCUUUUCUCUGUGGACUCUUGAGGACGCCUGAGCCCCAGCCCUGCCCCUGACCAGCCUCCCCCUUGGGUCCAGGGGUCUCUCGGCUCAUAUUGCAGGGCCUGCCAAUGCCUUCACGCACCCCUUCCCCAAAGGUGCCCGGCAGGGAGGUGGGGCCUCCCCCACUCGGCGCAGGUCAGGCUAAGGCCAGUCGGCUGGUCACUAUGCAAUGCUGCCCUGGGGAGGCUCCCUGAGGGCACAGUGGGCGCUGGACCCGGCCCCCCAACUCUCUUGCCUGCUGCCUGUGACCCUGAAGAACAGAAUUGAUUCUUGCCCCUCUCCCUGUGUGAGCUUGGCCCCGCCUCCUGCCCCAGGCCCCUGCUGGCAGGUCUCACCCCCCAUCCCUCGCUUUGAAUAAACCACUUGCGCCCACUG